AUGCCCCUGAUGAUGUGGGUUGGGGGGCAGGUCCACAAGUUGCUGCUGGUGUCCCCGUUAUUGACCCAACCCUUAACUGGCUCCAGGAAAGCAAUUGAUCUCCAUCCCCAGAGCAUUUUUUCCGGCACCUCCUUGGAUGAAGACAAUGAAGAUCCACAACAUCAAACCCAAUCGGACGUAGAGCGAUUGCCGGAUGCCCCCACAUUUGAUUGGGGGGCCAACCCACCCGCAGAAGCGCAAAACAAUGCCCAGCAUUGGAUGGCCACCGAUGAGGAGAAGUGGGGUCUCACUGUCAUGUUUUUUGUUCACUCGCUCGGCAAGACAACUGCCGAGCAUGUGGAUAAUGGGGCAUUGCCCACCCUUGCCACCUCAACCAGAAAAUUUGCUUUUUCCAAUCAUGUCAAGGGUGCCAUGCGGAACAUGCUGCGUCAGAUCUUGACCAAGGGGAACGUAGAGGCCUACACUCGCACUAUGACACUAGCAGAAUUGAUGCCAAUCCGCCGAACCCCUUUACUAAUGCUUAAGGCCAGUAUGAUGUCUUCUCCUUAG